AUGCUGAGCACCAGGACCACCACGACCAGUCUCAACGGGAUCGAAAUCAGUGCCCUAGUCGGCAGGGGCUGCCCGCAGGGGGGCGUGAUUUCCCCCCUGCUGUGGCUGCGAGAGGUCGACGGGCUCCUCGUACAACUCGACGAGCUGGGCGUGAAAGUGGUAGGUUUUGCGGACGACAUCUGCAUAGCUGUUGUCAGCAAUCACCCGGGCAGGAUCGCUAGUAGAAUGCAGACUGCUUUGGACAAGGUAGAAAGGUGGUGCCUUGGUCAGAAUUUGAGGGUUAACCCCACUGAGACUGAGCUGGUGCUGUUCACAAGAAGAAGGAACCUCACACUAAGGCCUCCCACAUUAUCCCGCGUAGAGCUCAAACUCUCCAGGGAAGUCCGAUAUCUCGGAGUUACCCUGGACAGUAGACUCACGUGGAAAAGCCACAUCACCAAACAGGCACAAAAGGCAACGGCUGCCUCCUGGGCCUGCAGGAGGAUGUUUGGACGAACCUGGGGACUGAAACCAGAAAUGCCCGCGCUGAGUCGAGGCACGAACAGGAAGAUAUUGGACAGGGUGUUCAGAUUGUCGCUGUUGGGCAUCACAGGUGCGUUUAGGACCACCCCAACAGUGGCGAUGUGCGCCCUGUUAAACCUGCCACCACCGCAUGUCACGGCGAUGGCAGAGGCAAGAAAUACAGCUUGCAGACUGUACGUGAGUGGAAGAUGGAUUAGGGGCAGGCAGGACCUCCAUGAGGUACUCAGCCUCGGGGGUGAUCGCUGUCCAACGGUCCACGUAUUCCACCACCAGUUUUCAGUCCACUACCCCAGCAGACAAGCCUGGGCGGAGCGCGAAGCAGAAGUACUGUCCCCGGGAGGGCUAGUCUGGUUCACAGACGGGGCCAAAUCGGGAACAGGAGCAGGUGUGUGGGUAUGGUGCGGAGGGCUCAGGAUGGAGCCAUUCCUAUCAUUCCAUCUUGGCCCGUCUACAUCCGUAGCCCAAGCAAAAAUGUUUGCGAUCUGGGUCUGCGCCAGAGCGAUCUUGGACAAGGGAUACAGACGCAAGCACAUUUUUAUAUGCAGCGACAGUAUGGUUGCACUGAGGGCGCUAACUAAAGUAGGUAUGACCUCAGCGACAACAAAAAGCUGUGUAGACCUGUUGUCCCAGCUUGCCAGGGACAACAGGGUGAAGCUCGUCUGGUUGCCGGGGCACGCCGGCAUCUGA